AUGUUUUCUCUAACGCUCACCACUUUACUACCCCUCGUACCACUCCUUGCCUCCGUCUCCGCCCAGUACACCGCAACCUACCAAGUCGGUUCCCUCCCUCAAUAUUCCGAAGAAGGUCAAUCGGGUACAAACCAGUGCGGCACCACCUCAUCCCAGACAUCAAAUUGUCAGAACGUAUUCGUCAAUGCCGUAGACGAUUUCUGUCUUUGGGGUCCACCUGAUACUCACUCGGAAGAGGGGGACGGGACAUCUAAAAUCGGGAAUGUCGAGCAAAUCGUAGUGGCGUACUGUCUCAAAGAUGGGUACGGAACCAGACUGAUUCCAGAGGGUACGAUCAAAGGUGCUCAUUUCGUCAAAGUCGAAUCUGAAAAAGUAUCUUACGUUCAAGUAACGGGUAAUGGUGAUCUCACGAAAUUGCUCAUCCCUGCUGGUGAUGAAGGUGGUGAAUUGGAUCCUCACUCAUGGACAGGUCUUGGUAACCCCCAAGGUGGUCUAGUAUUCACCAACGCCUUUUCAGGUUCUUACGAACAGACUCAUGAAUGGACUAGUUUCAUGUCUUCUGACGAAUUCUGUAUCCGAGCAUGUCGAGAUGGACCCAACGCCGCAGCAUACUGCGAACACAUCUACGACGUCCUAUCAUGUGGUUUCACCAUUCCGGGAGAUAUGGGAGAUGGAUUCGAUCAGUGUCUCGGUGCUCCCACGGACGAAGCUCCCGGUGUAUAUGACGGUGUGAAAUUCCACCAGGAUGAUCCUACCACACCUGCCCCCCACCCUGCAGGAGCCACUUCCCAAUGUACUCCUUACAGUACGAUUGGGGGUGGAACAGCAAAUGUAGCUGCUGUCACUCAACUCGCUUCCGUCCAAAGUUCUUCUACAUCCGCCUCGGCCUCUGCGUCUGCCUCCAACUCCUCUUCUUCCGCUUCCUCGACCUCCGCAUCAGGAUCAGGCUCGUCGAGUGCCCCCGUUUCUGCUACGAUCACCUCAUCAGCUGUAUCUUCCCGAGCAGCCGCUUCGACAAACGCUGCUGCAGCCUCGGCAGCAGCUUCCGCCUCAGCUUCAGCAUCAUCUGUCAACUCAGGUGCAGGUCGACUUGUCAUCCCUUCGUUGGGCCUGGCAAUGGUACUGGGAGCUAUUGGAAUGUGCCUUUAG